AUGGCGGAUCCAUUAUCCAUUACUGCUAGUAUUAUCACGCUUUUACACGUCUCUGUUCAAGUGACGGUGCUGAUCAAACAGUUUCGCGAUGAGGUUGUGGUCGUGGAUGCGACGCUUACGGGCCUUCUCGACGAUGUGAACGGGUUCCAGCGCGUACUGGAAUCCAUGAAAGAGACCAUCGAGGAAAACAACAACAAAGAGACUCUACAAGCGACCGGCCAUGUGGGUAGUCACUGGAAGAAUCUCGCGCGCUCGCUAGAAGACGGUGCGGACGCUUUACAAAAGUUACAUACCACCUUAGACGGGGUCAACAAAAAGUCAUCGAUAUUGGAUGCACCACGAAAGCAGCUUAGGCUAAAGAGUGCCUCUGAGCAGAUUGCUCGAUACCGAGAACAGAUUCAAACAUCUCACACAGCGAUUCAACUAUCGCUCAGUACAAUUAUUCUCUGGAAUCAAGUGACUUUCCAAAGAUCGACCGAGAUGAUACCAGAUAAGGUUGUUCCAACACUGGACAAACUGUACGAUGAAUUUCGUACGUUUGGUGCUCUUCUCAAUACAAAGAUCGAAAAGCUUCAGCAUACAGUUACAGACCAAAAUGACCCAGACAACUACGAGCUUAUGUAUAUGAACAACUUGCGGGAGUGCGUUCGCUCAGCCGCUGAUGUCGUCUCAACUGCAUCGACAACGCUCAACGCAGAAACAAGUGACAAGAUUUCUGUCAAACAUGGUUCUGAUUUCGGAGACGUCUUUGUCAAAGACGCGAAUGAACCCAUGUUACGUUGGUUUGCCUCAAACACCGUGUAUGAAUUCGAAGAUGUGGAGGCACCUCUACCCGCUCCAUCAGAAGCUAGCACAGGGGAUGCGCAAACAGAGUAUCAGUCAGAUAGCGACUCAGAUAUCGAGAAUGACCUGAUCAGGUCUCUUUUCAACGAGGGUAGAAAAAGGAAGGACAUUGGUGAUCUAGAAAGUGCGGUUCGCUAUUUUCGAAACUGCCUCACGAGGCUGUCGUCGAAUACUAGCUACACAUCUCUGACCUCAGCAAGAAGUGCAGCAGCAUGCGGGGUGUCGAAAACCGACUUACUCGAAUGUCUCCUCGAUUGCUACUGUCUUCUGGAAGCGUGGAGCAAAGCGAAAGCAAUCAUGAAAGAUAAGCUACUCAUCACUGAACGCCAAUUAGGCAAGAAAGAUGAGCUCUAUCUACGAGAUACUCUGAGGCUAGCCGAGCUCAUGAUGAAGAACGGCGAAUACGUCGAGGCGCACCUCCAGGCACGGCGAUCACUGAGAGGAUUCAGGAAACUGGGAAAACAGGGAGAUAGUGGUUACGAAGAAUGCUUGGACUUUUUGAUUCGAAUCUGUAGCACUGAGGGAAAAGUGGAUGAGGAAGAGGCUUACACAGCUUUGUUGGCAAGCCACGAGAGGAAGACCAAGCGAUCAGCUCCAUCGCCUGAGGUUAUAUCGCUGUCGCACGUUAGCCCAAAGUUUCAGUCAGCUUCCGACCCGGUCUUAGAGGAUGUCGCUCAAGCAGAUUUCGAAGUUUCAGAGCAAGUGAAGGAGACGCUGGAUCAUGUGCAUGUCUUGGAGAGUAAUGAGGUGCCACUGAUAGACACAGAGGAUUCGAGUGUGCUUUCACCUGGUGAACUCCAAGUUCAGGAUCAGACCGUGCUGCAAGAGGACCCAGAGCCUGUUACCGAAAGAGACAAGAUUACAUCAGAACAACAGCCCUCGUGUAUCUCCAGACCUUACUCACCUACGGAGGAUCUAAGCGUUCGUCCGGAUUACGAGACGAAAUCCCUGUCCAGUCACAGUGUUACAUCGUCGGAACAACACGCUAUGACUUUGGCGUCACAAGAACAAGUAUGUAUGUUGCACAAGCCGUCUGAUACAUGCGGGCUAAGUGUCGUUCCGGAGUUACCAGCUAUGCUGACCCCAGUGGACUUUGGAGAUAUUUCACAUCUCGAGGGUUACGGGGCUCAAAUCGCAGCUGCUGAGUUCAUUUGUAUGCUAUACCGAGCUGCAGCAAACGAAGUGACAGAGAAAGAGUCGAGGAACUCAAGAAAGGAUGCUGAGUUCCUAAAAGCAUGGUGUAAUCUGUUCCACGGCCGAGAUCCUUACUACUUCUCUGAAUGGCAUGUUGAGGGUUAUUACUGCAUGAUCAAGAUCAAUGAUACGCACGGCUGUACGGUUUCGGGCCACGAGACCGAACAAAAGGCAAAAGAAGCUGCUGCCGCUAAAGUGUGUGAGAUGUAUAUCUCUCACGCCGACGAAGUACUUACGCUGGACAAAAUGACGCGACGCGAUCCUGGCUCUGACAAAGAAGUUUUUAUCCCGCAAAAUGACCACGACAUUGAAAUACUUAUGGGAUGGGGAGAGGAAAUGGAUGCUUCAUUCUAUUCCCCGGUUACAGAUACGAACAUACCUCAUAUUACCAUAUCAGCAGAAACAGACGAACUUCCUACUGGUAAUGGCGAGGCGGCGACACCUACCUCCGAGAAGUCAAUAAAUCCAUCGAAGAAACCGUUGAAUUUCCUGAACUUGAACGCACCAAAAGGUGCAAUAACACGACGGAAGGUGAUACUACUAGGAGAUACAUUAUGUGGUAAAACAUUCCUCGCAAGUGCAUGGAGUCAAGGGGAUGUUCCAGAAGAAGACACACCUGUGAUGAACCACUUCAUCAGAUCGACAAAGAUUAGGGAUCGUCAAAUCGAGCUUGUCAUCUGGGAUAACACCGGUAGAGAGGGUUACGAGAUGAUGCGCCGCCUUUCAUACGAGGAUGCGCACAUAGUAUUGAUUUGCUUCGACAUCAGUGAUCCAGAUUCGUUUGAAAACAUUGACUAUAUGUGGAGCGUUGAAGCGAACGAAUACCUCCGCGAUCUACCCAAGAUACUCGUUGGGUGCAAGAAAGAUCUCCGGAAUGACAACGCGAAGCUCGACAGCCUACGCCGUCAGCACUUCAUACCGAUAUCUCCAUAUGCCGCUGACCGGCUUGCAAUAAAAAUACAAGCCCUAGCGUACUUUGAAACAUCGGCCAUCAAGAAGCAAGGCCUCUCAGAGCUCUUCGACUACGUAGCUGAGGCUGCCUUGAGAACGGUUCCAAAGUCCAAGACGAGUGGUAUAAGAAAGGCUCUCUCGAGGGGAAUAUAG